AUGAUAUUCACAUCCAGCAAGUUACUCCUAAGACGAAAACUGUCCAGAUUAUUACCCCAAAACUUUCUUUCUUGCAAGCGUUUCAAUUCGGAUUAUGCUCCUCCAAUCAGCUCAUUUUCGUACAUUCAUGAUGAUGCCCUCUCUGACAUGAAGAAAGAAGAGAUUGCCAAACAUAUGCAAAAUCUAGGUCCGUUUCCUAACUACUCCAAUAUUCUAAACCCCCAACAUUUUUAUCAGAACAAAGUUCUUCUAGAUUACUCAAAAAAGCAUCCACAUCCAGUAUCCUUGCGACAAUUGGCUGGCUAUGGCAAUACAUUAACAAAACAAAAAAUCAUCAAUAGUGCCAACUUUGUUCGAGUAGAGCUUCCUAUAAGAUUAACAAUGAGAAUACGCGAUCUACAGGUGUUACCUUUUGGAGUGGUCAAUAAUUUCCAUAUGGCACAAAUUUAUGAAAGUUAUUACCAUCUGUUUAAUGCUUUUCGCAAGAUUGACAAGAUAAACACGAUCGAAGAGAACGAGAAGUUCUGUGCUGUAUUGUCUACUUUGCUCGAUGACCAUACUUUUAACUUGUCUCACUUGAUGAUGGGAGCGUUGGAGGUGUCAAUCGCUGAAAGUUUACCACAAGAGCAAUUGGAUUCGUUUAUGAGUAGCAUGUUGAGAUCAAGAAUUAGUAGACGACUCAUUGUUGAGGAGCAUUUGUCAUUAAGUGAAAAUUAUCGCAAAAAACCGUAUGAUAAGAAGCCGCCCCAUUAUCUAGGGGAGAUUUUUCAAAAUUGCAAAGCCGUUGAUCAUUUUAAUGAUGUGGCGAAAAAGGUUAAAGAGUCUUUGUGUCACCAAUAUCCUCAAGCUAAACAAUUGCCGAAAUUGGAAAUAGACGGUGAUCUAGACUGCGAAUUUCAAUUUAUGGUGCCUCAUUUGCAUUAUAUGUUACACGAAAUACUUCGCAAUUCUUUUGAAGCGACUCUAAACACAUCAAAAGGGGAAACUCUACCCCCCGUCAAAGUGACCAUUAUUGAUCUGAAACAAGACGUCAUUUUUAGAAUAUCGGACCAGGGAGGAGGACUUCAUCACGACAACUUGAAGCUGGUCUGGUCAUUCGGUAAGUCACCUGAAUUGGCAAGAAAGAGUUUAGCUAAUUUUCAUCGUAUACCAGGACUACAAUUGUAUUCAAACUUGCAGGUUACUGCAUCGGGCUCUUCGGUUGUGAAACCAAAAGAGGCUAAUACCAAUGAUAAUGAUGUAGAAUGGACAUCAGGAAAGAAAAGGUCAACCUUGGAGGAUCUCAUGGCAAGACCUCACGAAUUCAAAUUGGGCAUGGGGUUGCCAAUGUGUUCUGUUUAUGCGGAUUAUUGGAAUGGGGCUUUACAAAUGAAUUCGUUGGAAGGAUAUGGCAGCGACACUUCACUAACCUUGAAGAAGUUGGGGUACCAUAGUAAUGUCAUACAACUUGACAGGGCAUGA